AUGCAGACGCCGUACGGCGCACUCCCGCCCGGGCAGGCGCAGCAAGCACCCAAGCGAUACGACGGCAAGAACGGACUACCAGUGUACGAUCAUAAUCACGGAGGGCAUUAUGGAGCUAGUGCUGCAAUCGCCGCGAAUGGACAUGCACCACCACCAGAGACGUUCACCGGACACUGGCAGAACGUAUCGCAGGGACUGAGCGGGCCUUAUCGCGAUAUUCUCAACACUUAUUGGCAGAAUCAGGUCACCAAGCUUGAGACAGAUGAGCACGACUACAAGCUGCAUCAACUCCCACUUGCACGUAUCAAGAAAGUGAUGAAGGCGGAUCCUGAGGUCAAGAUGAUCAGCGCCGAAGCACCCAUCCUGUUCGCGAAGGGUUGUGACAUCUUUAUCACGGAGCUCACCAUGCGCGCCUGGAUUCACGCUGAGGAGAACAAGCGUCGGACACUUCAACGUAGCGACAUUGCAUCCGCACUCGCAAAGAGUGACAUGUUCGACUUCCUGAUCGAUAUAGUUCCUCGAGAGGACGCGACACCACAGCAUAAGCGACGUCCUGAGUACACUCCCGUCGGCACAUAUACUGUGCCAGAUCCCAAUCAACCUGGUGGACAAGACGGCGGCAAUAUGCAGCCGCAACCUCAGAUGGGCCAGCAGCCUGACUUUGGCGGCGUGGAUCAACAGCACAUGCCGCCUCAGCAGUAUCAGCAGCAAAUGGGCGCAUAUCCUCCACCUCAGCAGCAGCCACAAUAUGGUGGUCAGCAGAUGUUCGACCCCAGCAUCUACGCAGCACAGCAAUAUCCAAUGGGCCAGAUGCCGCAGGGCAUGCCACAGCAGAACAUGUACCCACCACCGCAGCAGCCCGGCCACCCACAGCAAUACCAGCAAGUCCCGCAGGGUGGCGGCGAUGAUCAAGACGCGGAUGGUGAGCAAGACUAUGGCAAUAAUGGAUAG